GCUCUUAGUUCUUUCUGCUGCCCUCCAAGGCAGUAGGCAGCAGCUCGCGUGGGCACCCAGCCCAGGUUUCCUUUUAGUUCUUCAAAGUAGGUAUUUACAGCUGGAAGAGAGAAAAUGGAAAAGCAAAAGCCUUUUAAACUGUUUGUACCACCAAGAUUGAGCAGCAGUCAAGUAUCUGCAGUGAAACCUCAGACUUUAGGGGGAGAUUCUAAUGUCUUCAAGAGUUUCAACAAAUGUAUUGAAGAUGAUUAUGACUUUCCAUUUGCAAUAACUACUCUCUCCAAAAAUGGGGCAAACAUUGAUUCAGAUCCUGCCUUACAAAAAGUUAGCUUUUUACCCAUGCUUGAGCAGAUUGGUAAUUCUGACUGUUGUCACUAUCAAGAAGGACUAAAAGACUCUGGUUUUGAGAAUUCAGAGCCAAUAAGCAGAGUAUAUUCAAAACUAUAUAAGGAGGCUGAAAAGAUCAAAAAAUGGAAAGUGAGUGUAGAAUCUGAACUGAAGCAGAAAGAAAAUAAGUUGCAAGAAAAUAGAAAGAUAAUUGAAGCACAGCGAAAAGCCAUUCAAGAACUACAGUUUGGAAAUGAAAAAGUAAGUUUGAAAUUAGAAGAAGGAAUUCAAGAAAAUAAAGAUUUAAUAAAAGAGAAUAAUGCUACAAGGCAUUUGUGUAACCUCCUCAAAGAAACCUGUGGUAGAUCUGCAGAAAAGACAAAGAAAUAUGAAUAUGAACGGGAAGAAACCAGGCAAGUUUAUAUGGACCUAAAUAAUAACAUUGAAAAAAUGAUAACAGCUUUUGAGGAACUUCGUGUGCAAGCUGAGAAUUCCAGAUUGGAAAUGCAUUUUAAGUUAAAGGAAGAUUAUGAAAAAAUCCAACACCUUGAAGAAGAAUACAAGAAGGAAGUAAAUGACAAGGAAAAGCAGGUAUCACUACUAUUGAAUCAAAGCACUGAGAAAGAUAAUAAAAUGAAAGAGUUAACAUUUUUGCUAGAGGAAUGCAGAGAUAAAGUUAAUCAAUUAGAGGAAAAGACAAAAUUACAGAAUGAAGACUUAAAAAAAUCGAAUGAGAAACAGGAUCAUUUGACUUCAGAACUAGAAGAUACUAAAGUGUCUUUGCAAAGAAGCAUGAGUACUCAAAAGGCUUUAGAGGAAGAUUUACAGAUAGCAACAAAAACAAUUUAUCAGCUCACUGGAGAAAAAGAAGCUCAAAUGGAAGAGUUUAAUAAAGCUAAAGCUGCUCAUUCAUUUGUGGUUACUGAACUUAAAACUACUAUCUGCAACUUGAAAGAAUUAUUGAGAACAGAACAGCAAAGAUUGGAGAAAGAUGAAGAUCAAUUGAAAAUACUUACCAUGGAGCUUCAAAAAAAAUCAAGUGAACUGGAAGAGAUGACUAAGUUUAAAAACAGCAAAGAAGUAGAACUUGAAGAAUUGAAAAAAGUCCUGGCAGAAAACCAAAAGCUUUUAGAUGAAAAGAAACAAUUUGAGAAGAUUGCCGCAGAAUUAAAAGGAACAGAACAAGAACUGACUGGUCUUCUCCAAACCAGAGAGAAAGAAGUACAUGAUUUGGAAAUAAAAUUAACUGCCACUGCAACAAGUGAACAGCAUUAUUCAAAACAGGUUAAAGAUCUGAAAACUGAGCUUGAAAAUGAGAAGCUUAAGAAUACUGAAUUAACUGCAAGCUGCAACAAGCUUUCACUUGAAAACAAAGAACUAGCACAAGAAACAAGUGAUAUGGUCCUAGAAAUCAAGAAACAGCAAGAAGAUAUUAAUAAUAGAAAAAAGCAAGAAGAAAGGAUGUUGAAACAAAUAGAAAAUCUGGAAGAAGCAGAAACACAAUUAAGGAAGGAGCUAGAAUCUGUGAGAGAAGAGCUAAAACAGAAAGGAGAUGAAGUUAAAUGUAAAUUGGACAAGAGUGAAGAAAAUUGUAACAAUUUAAAGAAACAAGUUGAAAAUAAAAGCAAGUGUAUUGAAGAACUUCAGCAGGAGAAUAAGGCCUUGAAAAAAAAAGGUACAGCAGAAAGCAAGCAGCUGAAUGUUUAUGAGAUAAAGGUCAGUAAAUUAGAAUUAGAACUAGAAAAUGCCAAACAACACUUUGAGGAAAUGACUGAGAGCUAUCAAAAAGAAAUUGAGAACAGAAAGAUAUCAGAAGAAAAUCUUUUGAGAGAGGCUGAGAAAGCAAAAAUAAUAGCUGAUGAAGCAGUAAAAUUACAGAAAGAAAUCGAUAUACGAUGUCAACAUAAAAUAGCUGAAAUGGUAGCACUUAUGGAAAAACAUAAGCACCAAUAUGAUAAGAUUGUUGAAGAGAGAGACUCAGAAUUAGGAAUUUAUAAGAGCAAAGAACAAGAACAGUUAUCAAUGAAAGCAUCUCUGGAAAUUGAACUAUCUAAUCUUGAAAAUGAACUUUUGUCUGUUAAGAAGCAACUUGAAAUAGAAAGAGAAGAAAAAGAAAAACUCAAAACAGAGGCAAAAGAAAACAUAGUUACUCUCAAAGAAAAAAAAGACAAGAAAACACAGACAUCUUUGUUGGAAACACCUGAAACUAGUUAUCGGAAAAUUGAUUCUAAAGCAGCUACUUCACAAAAUAUAUCUCGAAAUUUCACAUCAGUUGAUCACAACAAAUCCAAAGAUAGAAGAGACUAUCUGUGGACAUCUGCCAAAAGUACUUUAUCUGCACCAAAGGCAUUUACAGUGAGGACACCAACAAAAAUGAAAAUACAUCAAAGAGAAAACAAGAAUAUACCCACUGAAGAGAAUAACAAAAAGAGAAAAACGGUCUUUGAAUUCGAUAUUCAUUCAGAUAGCUCAGAACCUAAUGAUCUUUUGAGCCUGGUUUCAGAGGAAGAGACAGUGAAAAAACUAGGCAAGAAUAAUAAUCCACCAACUUCUCAUCUUUGUGUCAGAACACCAAAAAAGACUCCUUCAUCUCUAAUAGCCGCUGGAUCUUCAGUGAAGACUGGAUCUGUGAGAACAAUACGGGAGGACUAUUGGUCUAUAAUUUCUAAAAUGGAUAGGAAAAAAAAAGUAAAGGAAGCAGAAAAGCUGUUUGUUUAGUUUCAGAAAAUCGGUGUGAUUAAGGAGCCUAAUAACAUCAAAUGUAUCGUUAAUUUUUUAUUCUUAUUUUCCAAAGAGCCAAACUUUAUGUGGAAAUUGAGAUUUUGGAAAAAUAUUAGCAAAAAUAAUUUAUUUCUUUAUAUUUUUAUAUUUUUGGCCUAAAUUUAAAAUAACUACAUAUUAUUUGAAAACUUGU